GGCGGUUCGGGGCCGGGCGUGCGCGGCGCCCCCGCGCGCGGUGGUUGGCGCCGUUGCCGUGGCAGCGCGGCCCGCGCGGCGAGGCGGGCCCGGGCCGUGAGGAGCCGGGCCGGGCCUGAGCGCGCUUGGUCACUUGGAAAGGACUGUCAGCAUGGAAGAUCGUGAGGUCAGUUAUAGUGAGGGAGAACAGCAAAGAUCUCCUCUAGUGUUUCUAGAGGAGGAAGAAGAAAAACAGGAAGAGGAAGAAAAGGAGGAAAAAGAAGAAAGAGAAGGAGAAAAAGAAGAAAGAGAAAAAGAAGAAGAAGAAAGAGAAGAGGAAGAAGAAAGAAAAGAAGAGGAAGAAGAAGAAAGAAAAGAAGAGGAAGAAGAAAGAGAAAAAGAAGAAGAAGAAAGAGAAGAAAAGGAAGAAGAAGAAGAAAGAGAAGAAAAGGAAGAAGAAGAAAGAGAAGAAGAGGAGGAAAAAGAAAGAGAUGAAGAGGAAGAAGAACAAGAAGAGGAAGAAGAAAGACAAGAGGAAGAAAAAGAAGAUGCAGCUGGUCAGCUCCCUGACCUUGAAGAAUACUGGAAAGAAUAUGAGCUGGAAGAAGAGCUGGAUGGUGGUGGCAAGAUGGAAAACAAGGACACUUCUGAAGAUGUUGCAGACCACUCUGAUUCUAGCACUCAAAGCUCAGAACACUCUUUGGGCCACAUUGGCAACGUUCAGCCUCUGAAGUCUGCAGACAGAAUUCGCAUUUCGGCCUCUCAGAGAAAACUCCAAUUGCUUGAUGGUCUGGUCAUGGAAAAGGAACUGGCAGUCCAAAACACCAGUGAUAUGCUGAGUGCCUGUCGGCUGCGGAGCAAGAUGCUGGCAAAGCAGCUGGAUCAUGUAGACAUGGAAAUAGAGAGAGAGGAGGAGGCUGGCAAUGUUGCAGCCGUGUCCCGCCUGCAGGCCAUGAGCAGCCGAUUGUGCACGGAGCUGGAGAGGGAGAAGGAGCACGAGCUGAGACUGGCUCUGACACAGAAACAAAGCUUGCUUGAGCUGUGGCAGAUAGAAAGUGAGCAGGGAAAAUACAACAUCCUCCGUGAACAACUUCAGAAAGAUGAGGAGGAGCUACAGAUGCAAUACCAGGAGGAGAGAGAAGUGAGGAUUUGGAAGGAAAAAAUAACAGCCUUGCAAGCAGAAGGAACACGUCGGACUCGAGAGAAAAGAGAGGAGGAAGCCCGGAGAAAACGUGAAGAAAGAAAUAAAAAACUCCUCGAGGAUGCCAGAAGGAACCAUGAGAAAGCAGUCUGCUUCCUGAGGCAAAGCAUGGCAAGAAUUCAUGAAAAAAAUGCAAAGGAAGAAGUGAAAGCUCGGGAGCAUAUGGAGAGAAGGAUACAAGCUGUGCUUUCCCUGAAAACCAGCAUCACUUCCAACAGGGAAAGGCUCCAAACUCUCCAGACUUUGAACAAAGCAAAGGCCUUGGAGGCAAAGAAGGAGGAGAUGAAAAUGAGGGAGGCCAUCCUCGCAGAAGGAGGCAAUGUUAUCAAGGAAAUGUUUCUCCAUAAAAGACAGCAAGAAAACGAAAAAAAGAAAGAAGCUUUUAGAGAACUGCAGAAGUCAAGAAAAAUGGAGAUUGUGUCUCGAAUUUUGCAAGAAAGAGCUUCUACUCACAAGCAGAGAAAAAGUCACUCUCCUGCUAAGGCAAUUAAGCCUCGUGGUAAACUUGUGGAUCCUUUAGUGCAGAGUGGGGAAGCCUGGCACAGUGAGGAGACCUGCAAACAUGCAGAUGGAGAAAUAUCACAGCCAUGGCACUCUCCAUCAGCUUCUUCCUUGGCUGGGGAGGGAUCUGCUCCCCUGGGAGAGAGUUCUGAGAGCAGAGCCCAGGAUGUGGAAAGUUCUGAUGAGGACACAGAGAGGGACAAGACCCUGCUGGUACCGGAGUUCCCAGGGCUCUGGAGUCGGGAAUGUGACCUGCACAAGGUGCCCAAAGCAGAAGACCCAACACAGUUGGCUAUAAGGGCAAUGAGGAAACAAAUGGCUGAGAAAAAAACAGAGACACUCCAAACUGGAAUUCUUCACAAGCAACCUGUGCCUGGCCAGGAGCACAAGGGCUGUGCUUUCCACAGCAAACCCAGCUGCAUUCAUUUCAAGGAUUUUGAUGUUGGUCAAACCUACAAAAAGAAGAUCAUUUUGACAAAUGCAUCCUACAGUGUUAAUUACUGCAGGCUGGUGGGAAUCAGUGAAUGGCUCAAGGACUCCAUCAGUGUUCAUUUUGACCCACCUGGCAAAAUGUCUUCUGGGAUGUCCUGUGAAUUCCUGGUAACAUUUAAGCCAAUGAUAAAUGAAGGGCUGGAAGGAGCAGUCAUGUUUAUGGCCCAGACAGGUCCUUUUUCUGUUCCACUGAAAUGUACAGUCAAGACCUGCAUUCUGGCUCUGGAUAAAGAGCUCAUUGACUUUGGCAGCCUUGUGGUGGGAGAGACAAUUUCACGGACCAUCAGCCUGACAAACAGCGGGGCUUUGGGAGCCACAUUCAAAGUUCACACGUCAGCAGGUGCCACAAGGAGCCUCAGAGCAACAGUAAAAGCUGCUCCUGCAACAGUGGUCACUCAACAUUUCAGUGCCUGUGGCCCUGCAGAGGAAGGCAGCAGGAUUCCUGUGGCAGCUGGGGAUGCAAACAAGGAGCAGAUCUGUGCUGAGCCCAGCGAGGCAGCCCAGGAGCCCAGCAGCAGCAGUGCCACGGAACAACUUGGUCAAGGAGUAUUAAAUACCAGAUCAGAUCUGGACACAGACAAUGCAGAUAAUGUGGUGGAACUUUCUCCUGAGGAAAUACCAAUUGAAAUUAUGCUUGGAAAGGUGACUGAGGGUGAGGUUGGACCCUUCAGCUCAGUGAAAAUCCCGGUCCUGUUUGUCCCAGCUGUCCCUGGGGACGUGAGGGCAGAGUUUGUGAUCGUGUUCGACAACCCAGACUGCAAACCACUGAGCUUCAGUGCCACUGGAGUUUCUGUGGAUGUGCCCAUCUGGGUGCCCCAGCCCAGCGUGGACCUCAGGAUCUGCCUCUACGAGCGGCUGUACCAGGACAGCGUCGAGGUGCGCAGCAGAGCAACAACCACGCUGCGUUUGAAGUUUGAGGUGUGCAGAGAACUGAGCAAGCACUUGGAGCUGCUUCCAAAAACAGGCUCCAUCCAGCCUCAGUCGUCCUUCAGUGCACAGCUCAAGUUCCUGCCCAGGCAGUCCCUUCCUGAAGAUGCAGGGAGAUAUUUCAAUGCAGAGACAGGAAUCCUGGAGGUCCCAGUCUCAAUCCUGAUCAUGGACAAGGCUAAAAAAGUUAAUUUUACCGUCCAUGCCAUUGUUACUACUUCUGACUUGGAAAUCAGCCCAGCACAGAUCAACUUUGGAUACUGCACGAUCUAUGAAGCUGUGCAGGCAAAUGUCAUCCUAACAAACAAAUCCAUCUUGCCACAGGAGUUUGGAUUUGUGGGACUGCCAGAGUUCGUUGAAGUUCAGCCCAACGAUGGAUUUGGAAUUAUUCUUCCCCUGGAAAGCCUGACACUGGACAUAAUCUUUAAAGCCACCAAGGCAAAAGAGUACAGCUUUGAGCUCACCUGCAGGACAGAGAUCAACAGACAAUUCAAGCUGUCAUGCAAAGCAGUUGGAGUCCACCCACCUCUUGAAUUGUCUCAUUCCUUGGUUCAGUUUGCUGCUACAGCCCUGAACUCGGUGUCUUCAGCCACUCUGGAUGUGCUCAAUUCCCACGUGGAUGGGAACCCCCUCACUCACCCCGUCCCACGGAUUGGCAGUGGGGACCCUGUCCCAGUUGGCCCCACUUCCUUUCAGUUCCACGUGCCCCAAGGCUGUCCUGUGACCAUCACACCUUCUGUGGGAACUGUGCUGCCUGGGCAGAAAAGCUCCAUCCGAGUGUCCUUCAGCCCGGCGCUGUCGGAUCAGCACAUCAGGGAGGAGGCAGCACGGAGCCUCAGCACAGCAGCUGUGCCACAGGCAGGAACACAAAUUUCCAGUGCUCUUGGUCGGAUUUCCAGUGAUCCCCCUCAGUCUGCGAUGGACAAAAAGAAGAGAGAUCCAAAGAAAGAGCAGAAGAAAUUGAGCGUUUCCAUUUCCAGAGAAAGGGCUGGAAGCAGGAGUAGCCUGACUGCUGUAAAUAGCCCCAGUGAGCCAAAACCCGAAGAGUUAAAGCCCGAUUCUGAUGCUUAUAGGGCAGCCCAGGCUUCCCUGACGAGGAGUUUCAGAGGGACUUUUAACAAAUACCUCAUCCCCUGCUCUGUUGCAAGUGGCCACGCCACAGGAGAGGAGGGCUCUGGGAGCCUCACCUGCAGCCCUCACAACACGCUGUACCUGGAGCUGCACUGCCCUGCUGUGGCCCCGCCUGUUCUCAUCACCUCCGACUCCGGGAUCAACACCGCCCAUUUUGGGGACGUUUCUGUGGGCCACAGAGUGAUGAAGAGGAUCACAAUAGAGAACAUCUCCCCAGGGAAGGUGGAACUGGGAUUCUCCGUUCUGGAUCCCAAUGGCCCCUUCGUGUUGGUCAGAGCAGUUGGAAGGCUUGAGCCGGGUGAAAACAAACCCCUCAUCAUCUCUUUUUGUCCAAGUGAGGAGAAAUGGUUCUUGGACACUCUGGAGGUGCGGGUGGCACAGAGCAGCCUCGGGCUCUGCCUGUCCGGCCACGGGGUGGUGCCAGGCACGGAGUGCUCCGUGGGAGAGGAGCUGCAGCUGGGAUACGCCAUGGCCGGGGACACGGUGACUGCCACGGUCAAGAUAGAGAACACUUCCAGCCUGACCCUGCCCUUCUCCGUUCAACUGGAGUCGCUCUCACCAACAUGGGACAGAGACCGGCAGAAAAUUCCAUCCUUUCUUACAUCCUCUCUGCAGAGAACAGAGAUUGUUGGAACACAGAACUAUAAUGGCUUCAGUGUGUUCAGUGUCUCUCCAACAGAAGGAAAAAUUGAGCCUGGGAUGAGCCAGGAUUUUGUUGUUACUUUCAGCCCUGAUCAUGAAAGUCUCUACUACUCCGACCGUCUCAAGGUCCUGCUCUUUGGCAAGCACACAGCCCACGAGAUCCGCCUGAGGGGCGCAGCCCGGGAACACCCCGUGUUCGUGGAGGGGGGAGAGCCCCUGGAUGUGCCCGUGGAGUCCUUGGCUGUGACCUCCCCCGAGGCACCGCCUGGAGGGCCACGAGAGGCAGUGAGGGCCCUCCUGCUGCUCCUGGAGUACGUGGAGGGCUCAGCAGAGCCAGCCAGGGCAGAGAUCACCGUCGGGGCCAUUCAGAGUCCUGUGCUGGCAGCCAAGCAGGCCAAGCCCGUGGAGUUCAGCCUGGACGCGGGCCCGGAGCUGCCGCGGGCGGGGUUCGCCGUGGCCGGCCCGAGGGGAGCCCUGGAGCGCGGGCAGCGGCAGCGCAUCGGCGUCUCGUGGGUGCCACCUGGCGACCUGCAGUGACCCCCUGCUCGUGUCAGCCCUCCUGACUGUAAAAAGUGACAUCACGGAAUGCUACCGAGUCCUGCUCAUGGCAAGAGUUGUGUCUGCACCUGCUGCCACUGCCUGAGGGAUCCAGGCCAAAGGGAAAUGAAGGGGAGGUUACACUCCUGGGAGAUCCCCGGAUCUCUGGUGAAACAUGGGAAGAUUUUGAGACUGUUGCAAAUAAGCGAGGCAGCAGGGAUGUGGGAAGGAAGGGCCGUGUGACAUUUCUGCUGUUUCACCCAAAGUUCUCUGUAAACUCUGGGGCCAGUAGCUUCCAGCUGACUCUGUGACAAUAAUCUCGUGUUAGAAGAAGGUUUUACUGAGGGUCCCAAGCAGCUACACCUGCUGUUAAUCCCAUGUCUCCCAAAGGUGGGCAUUCCAUCAGGAAUAUCUGGUUUACACCCACAUAGGUGAGUUUCUAUCUUUUUCCAAUUUCACAUGCUUUUUGUAGGAUUUGGAAAAGCUUUGACUUUCUCCUAAGACCAGAAUAAAGUUUUUUACUGAAGCCUCCUCCAAAUCAUUUGGGCAGUCAUUUUACAAUGUACACUCAAAUCUGCCUGGUAACACGUGGUCAAGGGGGAAUAUUCCUGUGCUGUUCCCUGGAUCUGGUCACACACUUGCCAGAGAUCCUGGCUGUGCAGGAACUUUGUAUUUCUAUAUUUGCCUUCUGCUGAGUUCUGGCUGAGAGCAGAAUCCCGUUCUGGGGAAGCCAGAGUGCCCUGCAGGUGGAUCUUCUGUCAGGAAGCAGCAGCUGGCUGAGGGCAAGUGCAGAGCUGGAAAUGGAGGGAGCAGGAAGGCAGCAGCCAUUAGGCACAGGAUAAUCCUGUACAUCUCUUAUCACACUCUUUCCUGUGGCAAAGUUCCCUCCCCAGCACUCCGAGGGUGUGUUGCCCUUUGGCCCCUGUAGCUGUUAAAUCCCUGAUUCAGAUGAUGCAAUCAGAAAAUAGAAACGUUGUUUGUAAAUAUCCCUGUGGUAACAAGCUGCAACUGCAGGGACAAGCAGGGAAGCGAUUGUGACACGGAGCAUUUUCACCAGGCUCCCCUUUGACAGAGGAGGUUUGUGGGAGUGAAGAGGGGGCUCCUUGUUUUUCCAGCCAGUGUUUGAUCCAUGGAGAUGUGUUCUCAUUUAAUAAUGGAUCGAGUGCCCCUGGAGUCACUUAACUCAGUCUGAGGACUGCAGAUGCUGGAGCAGUCCCAGCGUGCUGGGGUGGCAGUGCCAGCCAGGGACAGCUCUGCCCUCCUUGGAGGCCCUGGGCACUGCUGCUGGCACAGCUGGGCAGCCCCUGGAGCUGGGCACAAAGGAUUUUGUGUUCUGCUCCCUGCAGCCCCAAGGGGUGAGGAAACACAACGGCAUCAGCCAAACCCACUGCUCACAGCACUGCUCACCCACAGUGACCUCAUGGACAGAGAGCUGGCAGUAAGCAAGGAAGCGUGUGGGAGUGCAGGAGCUCCUUUAAGGAACUGGAUUUGUGGGCAUCACUGUGUGAGGAGCCUUCAGGUUUCACUCCUGGAAACCAAAAAGUGAUGGCUGAGAGCAAAUCAUUCUCCAGAUUCUGGUUAUGAUAACCCUACAGAGUGCUGAAAAUAAGGGUAACAUUACCUGCCAGGAAACAACACCCCUGUGUUAGGAAUCUUCCACUUCACAGAGGUCAGGUACUGAGAACAAGCAUCCAGAGGAUGAAAAGAAGUGAAAAAUUAAAGAAUGAUUUGAAGACACUGACAUUGGAGCCCUCACAGGCUAGGCUGGGUAAGGGGCAGCCACCACCGACCAGCUGAAGGCACCACUGGUGCCCAGCAGCUCCAGGUGAGCAGAGGUGUCACCCACUGUCCCUGCAUUCCUGGAGAACCUGGAUCAACAUUUUCACAGGAUGGAAGUGAACAGAAGGCUGUGGGUUUCUCUGGUCAAAGUCUCCGUGUUUAAAACUCAGCAUGUGUUUGUUCUCUCGGGGGAGGGUUGGACCAGGAUAACAGGAAC